ACCGUCACCCACCGUGUCUGCAGCUCUUUCGUCUCUCUCUCUCCUCUCAGUCCAGAAGAAGACUCGACUCGACGGACACACUAUGCUGAAGUUGACUGCUCGUCUGCUCGCUGCUUUGCCAGCAGAGCUGAGAUCGCUGAGGAAGAAGAUGUCCUGGUGCUGAAGAAAAGUAACUUCGACGAGGCUCUGAAAGCUCACCCGAACCUCCUGGUUGAGUUCUAUGCCCCAUGGUGUGGUCACUGCAAGGCCCUGGUUCCAGAGUACGCCAAGGCCGCUGGCAUGCUGAAGGCUGAGGGUUCAGAUGUCCGCCUGGGUAAGGUGGACGCCACAGAGGAGACCGAACUGGCCCAAGACUUCGGUGUCCGAGGGUACCCCACCAUCAAGUUCUUUAAGGGCGGAGAGAAGGAGUCACCCAAAGAGUAUUCUGCUGGCAGGCAGGCAGAUGACAUCGUCGGCUGGCUAAAGAAGCGCACGGGCCCGGCCGUCGCCACCCUGGCCGGAGUCACCGAGGCGGAGUAUCUAAUCGCUGACAACGAGGUGGCAGUCAUCGGAUUCUUUAAGGACGCUAACUCUGAUGGUGCCAAGGUCUUCGAAAAAGCAGCUGAAGCCACAGAUGACGUUCCCUACGCUUUGACCGCCGACGAUGCUGUUUAUUCCAAGUUUGAGGUGUCCAAGGACAGCGUUGUCCUCUUCAAGAAGUUUGACGAAGGGCGCAAUACCUUCGAUGGAGAGCUGACCAAAGAAAACCCUGCUUUCGUCAAGGCCAACCAGCUGCCUCUGGUCAUCGAGUUCACAGAGCAGACCGCCCCUAAAAUCUUCGGUGGAGAAAUCAAGUCCCACAUCCUCAUGUUUCUGCCCAAAACUGCAUCAGACUUCCAGGAAAUGGACGAGUUUAAGAAAGCUGCAGAGGGAUUCAAGGGUCGGAUCCUGUUCAUUUUCAUCGACAGCGACGUGGAAGACAACCAGCGCAUCCUGGAGUUCUUCGGCCUGAGAGAGGAGUGCCCUGCCAUCCGCCUCAUCACCCUGGAGGACGAGAUGACCAAGUACAAGCAGAACGAGGCCAUCACAGCAGAGAGCAUCAUCGGUUUCUGCAAACUCUUCACGGAGGGCAAACUCAAGCCCCACCUCAUGAGUCAGGACAUCCCUGAAGACGGGGAAAAAACCCCAGUGCAAGUUUUGGUUGGCAAGAACUUCGAGGAGAUCGCCUUCAAUCCCUCUUUGAACGUCUUUGUGGAAUUCUACUACUUUUUUUGAAUGGUAUUCCAGAUGGCACCUUGGUGUGGACACUGCAAACAGCUGACUCCCAUCUGGGAGAAGCUGGGAGAGAAAUACAAGGACAGCGCUGACAUCAUCGUGGCUAAGAUGGACUCCACAGCCAAUGAGAUCGAGUCAGUCAAAGUCCACAGCUUCCCCACUCUCAAGUUCUUCCCUGCAGGAGACGAGCGCAAGGUGAUUGAUUACAAUGGGGAGAGAACACUGGAUGGCUUCACCAAGUUCCUGGAGAGCGGCGGUAAGGAGGGCGGCGCCCCCGCAGGAGACGACGACGACGAUCUGGACGCAGAGGAUAUGGAUGAGGUGGAUGAAGGACAGGAAGGGGACUCUGACGGUGAGGACGAUGGACACGACGAGUUGUAAGAGCUGGCGGAGGAGAGAAAGAGAGAGGAGACGAGUCCCGCCCCAACCCUUCCAACCAGUCACCAUCACCACCUUCACUUCCCCGCGGACCUUCCCUGUCAUGUGAACAUUAAUACUUCCCCUUUAACUGCCUCUCAGUCAGUCAGCCAGCCUGCUGGCCCGCCCGCCAGUUAGUCAGUCAGUCCAUCAGUGGCGUGGCAGGGCCUUUUUGCCAGCCACAUCUCCAACCUCACAACUUUUGGCCAGACUCGUCUUGUCCCACCCGGGGGGGACUCUGUGGAACAGCGCACCACCUCUAUGGGAGACCUCAAUGCCUUCUCUACAAAGCUCCACAUCAGCUGUUUGCCUUGUAUAUUUUAAACCAAAUGUAAAAAUGGCAUUGAAAUCCAGUUUUCAAAAUGUUCGUUUUUUUGUUUUUCCUGUUGAAUUUGCUCCCCUCCUGUGGGUAUGAGCUUAAUGAGUGUUGUAACCUGUAUUCAUUAGGUAAGGGGGGGCUGCCAAUGUUCUUUUCCCUCUGAUGGAAAUCCAGAGGACCAGAGUUGUGUGGUGGUUUUGUAAGGACUGAUCUCUCAGGGGACAUGGGGCCAUCCUAUAGAUGUGUUUAUUUUGCAAAGUCUUCACUAAAAUAAACCCCACAGAGCUUGUCCAGUGUAGCACAAAGGACCCACCCCAUCUGUAGCUGAGACCAACUGUUUUCUUUCUUGUGGAGGGGGGGGAAGUCUACUUGUUUUCAUUUUUCAUUCCCAGAUAAUUUCUCGGUUCAGUCUCCUCAUUUUAGCGCGGCUACUGACUAUUUUCUAAAAGGAACAACGGUUAACUUUUCAGGGGGGGGAAAUCCUAUUUUAUUUAAUUGCUUUCAUUAUGAGGUUUUUUUUUGUUUUGUUUUUUUAAUUUAGGACUUGUCAUUUUUAAUGAUGUACCAUCGUGCCCAGCUGUAGCCAGCUGGUCCUGUUGGGGCAGAGUUGGCCCUCGGACACACUCUCAGACCUGGGAUGGUUUUUUGGAGCCAGUUCUGAUAGGUCGCACUGCAUUCAUGCCUAGUCAGAGAUUCACUGUGGUUACUAAAGAAGACAGAUUGGUACAGUCUACUGGUCAGGUUGGUCUGAGAGAAGUGUCUGUUAUAUCUGAAGUGGGAGGGAACAAUUGCACAGCCCCACCCCUCACCCGUACUGUACCCCCUGCAUCCCUUUUGGCUCUACCCAACACCCUCGUUGCCACAGCAGUGUGCGUGUGCGUGUGCGUGUGUGUGUGAGAGAGAGGGGAAAUGCACGGUGUAUAAAUUGUGCGAGUUGAAUGGCUAGUUCAUAUUUUCUGAUCGUCCAUGAACAGGAGAAUGAAUGUACUGUGUGUGUGUGAGUGUUGUUUGGCAGGGAGGGGAGGCUUGAGUAGAGCAAGGUGAUGAGUUUAACAGCUACAGUGGUGGGGGAAACUUAACAAAGCAUUCCAUCAUAUCCAAAUUGAUGUGGAAAACAUGAAAAUGGUGGCCAAUAAACAAAAAAAUUGGAAAAAAA